UCCCCGCCAUGGCGGCUCCGCUCGGUACCGGUGCCCGCGCGGAGGAGACUGGGCAGGAGAAACAGGACACGCAAGAGAAGGAAACCAUCACCCCUGAGAGAGCAGAAGAGGCAAAACUGAAGGCUAAAUACCCCAACCUAGGCCAGAGACCCGGAGGCUCCGACUUCCUCAUGAAGAGACUGCAGAAAGGGCAAAAAUACUUCGAUUCUGGUGACUACAACAUGGCCAAGGCAAAGAUGAAGAACAAGCAGUUGCCAAGUGCAGGGCCAGACAAGAACCUGGUGACAGGAGACCACAUCCCCACGCCGCAGGACCUCCCGCAGAGAAAAUCCUCGCUUGUAACCAGCAAGCUGGCAGGGUAGCCUGCACUCACAGGCUGGGGUUUUUCCUAUUUUCUUUUUUUCUUUUGGCUAAAUGGAUUGAACUUCACUGUACCAUAGGGACGGGAGCACCAGAAUCCACAUAGUUAUUUGAGCAUUUACAGCGAACACACACCAAAACUGAGAAGGCGAGCGAGAGGACAGUAGCCCGGGAUGCACAGGCAGAUUUGAUUGGGCCGUUCCUUUUAGCGAGUCGGUUGCUGCCUUAAUUUUUGUGCUGUUUGAAACCAUCCUGGCUUGCAGAGCCACUGAAGCGCUGCCUCCUCGCUGGGAGAGUCGAGCGGCCCCAGGAGAAGCAGGAAAGUGCUCAGAGGAGUCGCUUGCUGUUUGCUUGGCACCGGAUAGGAAGGGAGAGCUCGGAGCCGUGGUGUGCGAAUGCUUUUCAGGCAUCGGGUGUCUGCAGAGGAAGAACCGGCUGGGCAAAAGGUGUGGUACGCGAUCUGGAAGUUUAGUUAGGUGUGUGCGUUAGAGCGUCUAAGUGAAGAAAUCGACUGAUACGCAAAAAAUUACGUGGCUGUGUUGCUGGGCUGAGCUGCCUGGGAUCUGUCCCAUUUGCACAAAGCAGCUGAGCUCACAGGAGGGGACAACGUGUCUGACAGCCACAGGAGAGGAGCCAGGCAGUGUUUGAAACAGUCCUUGUGGCUUGGAGCUGUGAUGAGGCUUUUUCUGUUUUGGGGGUAGAGCCCCACCACAGCCGUGUCUGAGUGUGGCUGUGAUCGGGGACGCAGCGUGAGGCUCGUGGCUGCCCCGGAGGGCUUGGGGGCAGUUUCUCUUGACCCGGUCAGUUCUGGCCAGCAAGGCUGUCUGCCUUGGCAGAGGUGAGAGGUGGCUCCUCUCCCGGCUGCUGGGUAGGAAGCAAAAGGUGGUGAGCUGAAGCCCCCCAGCAGCAGGGUGCUGGGGACGCAGGAGACUGUGGCCAAGCAGGCAGGCAGAGCCCCACCUGGUUGCGUGCAGCCCCUGCCUGGUGCCCAGACUUUGGUGCUUGCAAAGAGGGGGCCAGCAGCAGCCGGUGAAAUGGAUGUGAGCUGUUGGAGCUGAUCUCUGGAGGGAGAGAGGCAGGACUGGGAAUAACCGCCCCAGAAGGGAAAAAAGCACUGGAGACAGAGCGUGGAGAUCAGGAAAAGCAGAGCAUAGAGGCAAGCCUGUGUUGACAGUGUCAGGCACCCCAAGCUUGGAUUUCUUUCUUCUCCCUUUUUUCCUUCUUGCCUUUUCUUUGUUCCAGGCCUGGAAAAAAACAACCAAACAACAAACCAAAAAGUUGGUGUGAUGGCUGCAGCCUGCAGAACGACAUGCACACUCUGUGCAUAGACUGUCUGCUCCUCACGCAGCGGAGACAACGUGGCCUCCCGUCCUGUGCAGCGGAAGGUCUCAGCAUGCCUGUGCCAGGGCAGCGCUAAACCUGCCUGGUUUAGGGCCAGUAUUGAAGGCAUGUGGGCAAGCGGAAGUUGAGUGAAUGUGGGGUUUUUUGUUGUUUUUGUUGUUGGGGGGGGGUGUGUGUUUGUGUUUUGUUUUGGGUUUGGGGUUUUUUUUUUUGGGGUAAGGAUUCCCAUCAGGUCAGGAGAAACCUAGGCAGGGCACAGCUUUCCUUAUGUGCGUUCUUGGCUGGCUGACUCAGGCUUUCCUGAGAACCUGUUUUCACUCAUUGCACUUUCCUGCUGCUGGUUAGAGUGAGGAACGCGGUGUUGCUUCCCUGGAGAGUGUUUGCCAAGGGUGUGCUCGAAUGCUUGUGUCUGCCUUCAGGUGGUUUGGAACAAGCCAGUCGCAGCUCCCCUUGUCAGGGCACUCUGAGCAAGGGGCUCCGUUGCUGGCGCCAUGGCCACGGAGGUCAGUUUUCUCUUUGUGGAGCGGGCAAGGAGCGUAGCGGGACUGGGGGCUGCCCACUUGUAACCAUGGGUCCGUGCUUCGGUCUUCGUCACCUUUCCAGACGCUGUGUAACCUGGCCAAGGUGGUGCUGGCAGUGGCUGUGCAACUUCCUUGGAUGUUCUGCUGUCUGUCCCAGCCAUGUUGUAAAUAGAUAUGAAUCAUAGAUAUAAAAAUAUAUAUAAUUUUUUA